AUGUCCUCUGGCUCCGCGCCCAUAACCCUCUCGUCCCUCACAUACCUACAAGGCAAAACCCUAGCACCUCUCCUACUCGAACCUACUGAACAGGCAAAGAUUGCCGUGAUUGAUGUACGGGAUUCAGACCAUGUAGGGGGCAAUAUCAAAGGGAGUACAUGGAUCCCGCUUGACCAGCUAGAUGUGCGAAUACCCGAACUCUUGAGGACGCUCAAAGACAAAGAAAAGGUCGUUUUCCACUGCAUGUUGAGUCAGCAAAGAGGUCCUCGUGCGGCGUUGAUGUAUACGAGAGCGAAACAGGCACACGAUUCCAAAGCGCAAAAGACAGAGCAGGCGGGUGAAGAGGCGUCCCCGGCGCAGGAGAUAUGCGUGCUAGAGGGUGGUUUCGGACAGUGGCAAGCGCAGUUCGGAGAGGACCCUCGAUUGACCGCGGACUAUGUGCCCGAUAUCUGGCUCUGA